UGUCUUGCUUGAGAUCAUACAGCAAGUCUGCAGCAGUACAGGAAAUUGAACUGCAUCCUAUGGGUGCUAGGUAAGGACCCUAACAUUGGACAUGGUUCCUCUCAAAUUCAUAGCUUUAUUUAAAAAAUUACUUUUAACCCACACCCCUGAGAUAUACUUGUUCUAGACAUUUUAAUUCUUCUUGUCUAUAUGUUUUAUAUAUGACCUGCCUUUUGCGUUGUGUUAUCACUAAUUAGGUUUUUAAAAAUUAUUUUCAAUUUUAACCUUAUUAAUCAAUUUUUUAUUUUAAAAUACUUUUUCACUGAACCCUUUGCCUUAUUAGUUAUUUAAAAAGAUACAUAGCCCUUGACUUUUGUUGUACUUUUUCAAUUAUUUUAACACUUGCAUUUUUGUAUUUAGCUUGUACAAUCCUGCAAAAUGAUCCACAUGGGCAGAUCCUUACACCCGCAUAGACUCAUUCCAUCCACAUGAAACAGCUUGCAAUCAAGAUGUUACUAGACACAGAGACAAGGAAAGCCAGCAUCCUAGCCUCACUCCAGGCUCUGGGGGAGGAUUCUGCAAAUGGGAGAAAAAGGAAGAAUCACAGAAGAAAGCUCAUCUCUGGUCCGAGUCCUACUAUGUGUGGCUGCCUUCCCCCAGGGAAACUUCUGCAUGGAUCCAAAUCUGAUAGAAUCUUCCAAAGGGGAAAUCUCACGGGACCACUGGCUCUGGAAAGGGUGAGACUGACAAAAGCAAAGCUGGGGAAAAGGUUCCGAAUUCCUAAAGGCAAAGGAGACAGCAGAUGGGCACUUUCCCAAUCUCUACAGGAGGUCAUGUCCUCUGCCCAGGAAGACCAGGCAUGCUUUCAGCCAAAUCUUCUGUUCAGAUUUCAGAAAGCUGCUAAAAGCAUUGUUAUGCUUUGCUUACUUUACAGAGAGCACCACCUACUAGCCAACCUCAACUAUGGGAUUGAGAGAGUCAAGAGAUGGAAAUCCCAAUCAAACUACAUGGAACAGUCUAAGGAAGAGAUCCUCUUUGAUGUGACACUGUUCAGGGCUAAAAAACAGUCAAGGAUCUCUGAGCGUGCCAUACAUAUUCUUCGUCAGUGUCCUCAGGAGCGAAGUGAGAAGGACAUCAGCUACAUAUUAAUCACCCUGCAGCCUGUGAAGGCCUUUGGAAAUUACUCCACAAUGAUUCAGAAGAAGGUGGCAAAGGCUGGAUGGUAUUCAAGGGAAUCUGUCCUUUCUAGGUAUGAAUCCUGCCAAGUGAUGAUCCAACAGGGCUACACACCACACUCCUUCUAUAUCUGUCUCUCAGGAUCUGCAACAGUUAUCAAGAGGAACAAUGACAGUGACCAAGUAAAGCCUGCCUGGUUCUUUAGUCGAGGGGAUGCAUUUGGGGAUAGAGAGAUUAUAAAUGGUGACUACUGGCAGACAACUGUUAUUAUUCAGGAACCAGCUGAGUUUCUCUGUAUUGACCGAGAGGAUUUCAUCAAGAUUUUCCUGUCUGGUGGGAAAAAAGUGUUUGGAGAUCCUGAGCAGAUGCGGUUUCUGAGAAGUCUGCACUAUUUUAAAGGUUGGCCCAUCAAUCUGCUGGAAGACAAUCCUGGAAAAUGCAUUGUCUGUCACUACAGAAGAGGAACCAUCAUUCUUAGAAACAGUAAUGUGACUGAAUGGAUUUACAUUGUGAAAGAAGGAAGUUGUUCUGUACUGAAGAUUUUUAAAGAUGACUCUUGCCUAAGCAACAGAGCUCCCGUGAACAGAAUAAUGGAAGCUGAAGCCGGCAUUCGCAAAUCUUUGUUGACAAGCAGGACAGAGACUCCUGUGAUCAUUGCCAUAGACACCCUGCUGAAGGGAUCUGUGUUUGGACUGUUAGACUUUCUUUUUGAGGAUCAGCCAAAUUUGUGUGUAGUUAGCAAUGGAGCUGAGUGUCUUAAGAUCUCAAAGAAGUUUUACCUGCAUCAUGCCUCCAAAGAUCUUCUGCAGAGGCUGCAAAAAAAAGAACGUUCCUAUCCCAGUGAUGCAGAGCUAAAGGAACAGCUGCAGCAGGAGAUACAAUGGCAGAUUUUUCGCAAAGCAGCUUUAAAGAGCACAGUUCAACAGAUUGAAUUGAAACGCAAACUGCUUCAACAUUGCUAUAUGAGUAAAGGGCUUUACCCAUGGUGUAAGAACUGACGUGUACACAAAUUUCUGUCAACAGUGAAACUAUAAGAUACCAGUGAGUACCCCCUAAAGCAGCAAAAAGGUCCAUCUCAACCCCAAAAUCUUGUGAAAGAAGGUGGUAUUAAAUCAGGCCUGUAGUUUCUUCAAUUUU